GGUUCCGUCGAGCAGCAGUACGAUCAGCUCCGUUUCUACGAGGGCAUCGAGCAGGUCACGCAGCUGUUGAAGCGUGCCGCCCGCACGAUGGAGAGCGCCCAGCUGAUGAAGGAGCCGGACGAGCGGAAGCGCGACUCGGUGCUGUGCGUCGUCUUCGAGGCGUUGCGGAUCGGCUCGAUACUCCUGUCGCCAAUCGUCCCCGACUCGCCAGCACACGCUGGAGAGGUGAAUUUU